CUGCUAGUGGGAGGAGCCAAUCCGUCAGUCAGUCAGGUAGGAAGGUAGGUAGGUAGGUGGGUAGAACGGAAGUAAGAGAGCCGCCACCUUGAUUGUUCAAGAACUAAGCCGAAGCCUUCCAGAACUUUGGGCUCAGCUGUUCAGUCCACCAUGAGGAGUUGCUGUCAUCAUCUUCCUCUCCUCCUUCCCUUCCUGUUCGCAAUGGUCGAGGGUGAGGCCGUCUCCGGGUUCAGGAUCUGUGCCUACAAUGUGCAAAAGUUCGACUCACAGAAGGCAGCGAACUUCAAAGUGUUACACACACUGACACGGAUCAUAUCGCGCUGUGACAUCAUCCUCCUACAGGAGGUGACGGACUCUGACGGCUCCGCCAUCAAAGCACUACUGUCGUCUCUCAACAGGUACAGUGGAAGGGAAGCUCAAAGGUAUGAAGGAUACCACUACCGCUCCGAGUCCAGUUCUAGUCUGGGCAAGUCCCCCAGCGACAUGCAGAAGUACGUCUUCAUCUACAGGACAGAGACUGUUAGUGUGCUGGACCGAUAUCAGUACCAGAACCAGCAACAGUUUCUCAGACCUCCACUAGCCGUUCACUUCCACAGCAACAAAACAGCUGUCAAGAACUUCGUUCUGGUCGGGCUGCACACAGACCCCGGCAAAGCCGUCCAGGAGCUCGACCGCCUGUACGACGUCUUCAAGGAAGUGUUGAAAAAAUGGGACAACAAGAACGUCAUAUUCUUGGGUGAUUUCCAUGCCAGCUGCGCCUAUGUGACCCGAAAUGACAAGAAGAACAUCCGACUGUUCACCAACACCAGCUUCUCCUGGCUCAUCAAGGACAAAAUGGAUACCACCAUCACAGAUGAAACUAGCUGUGCAUAUGACCGAAUUGUCGUGUACGGGAAGUCCUUCUUGAAGGCCAUCGUUCCGUUCUCUGCCAGGGUCUUCAACUAUGCUCAGGAGUACAAAUUGGCGAGGGCGAGGGUGCUGGAGGUGAGCGAUCACUUCCCUGUGGAGGUAAGGCUAAAGAGCUACGCCCUGGCUACUCAGGCCACACCCCUUCUGCUCCUGGUCAGCGCAGUGAUCCACUCCUUCCUGUCGUCUCUGUGAUUUUUUUUUUUUUUUUUUACAUGCUCCCAAUCAUGGACUUGAUAUGGUUGUAACUCCCACCCUGGAACCCUUUAGGCACGUCUAUUACCACACUAAUUGCGUGAAUGAAUUUGAGCAAGCAGAUGCUAAGUCACAUGAUGUCUUGAAGACGCUUCUUUGUCAGUGUUGUCUUCAGUGUUGACUGGUUUAUAUUUUUUAGCUGGUUCAUCCAUCCAUCUUCUAUGCUGCUUAUCCGCUAUCCACAGGUAUGAUGGAGCCUAUCCCAGCGGACUCUGAGUUAGAGGCGGGGUACAGCCUGGACUGGUGGCCAGCCAAUCACAGGGCACAUAUAGACAAACAACCAUUCACACUGUCAUUCAUACCUAUGGACAAUUUAUAGUUGCCAAUUAACCUAAGCUUAAGUUAAUUAGGUUAGCUAGUAAAUUAGCCAUGUAUUAUUUGUAACAUUUUUAUGGUUUAAGUGUCAGUGAAAAAUGAAAGAUGCCAAAUUUUGCGACAACAAAACCUCACAAAGUGAUCUUUAUGGAAUCAUGAAUACAUGAAUGUCAUGUACAGUAUGUUUGUUUGCAGUGUUUUGGGGUGGUUGUGUUUUUUUUACCUUUUUAUGUUCAAAUUGAAAAGCUAUUGUAUGAAAUAAAAUUGUACUCUAUGAUCAU